AGACGAUUUAUCGAGAAAUCCGUUACAGUAGUUUAUGUUUAAAAACUACAUAAAUUUUGUGUUUCUGGCAUCACUGCAAGAGAUGUCUCUAAUGUUUACAUUUAUUGCAAAGCAGGCUGUUGAAUAUAACAGCUGAUUGUUAUUUUAUUUUUUAUUUUGUAUUUCAUUACGGAUGUGUUAUUUUUGAAUUCCUUCAAAAUUUUAUAAAAUUUAAAGUAGUUUUGAAAUUGUUCAAAAUAAAAUGCAAAAUAUUAUCUGCAAUAAAAGCCCGUAUUGGACGUGCAUACAAACUGCAAUUCGGCACAGUAGUGGGCAAAAUGGGGAAACUUAUUAUGACAUACUUAAAGUGCAGAAAAAUUGUAGUAACCAAGAAAUACGGAAUGCUUUUGUACAACUUUCAAAAAAGUUUCACCCCGAUGUCAAAGGCAUCACCCCAGAUCCUAAACAAACAGCGCAAUUUGUAAAGAUUUCGGAAGCUUACCAAAUUCUCAGCAAACCCAAAUCACGUUCAGCAUAUGAUCAACGUUUAUGGAACGCAGGUGUGCUACGGCCCAGUCAAAGAUCGAGAUCAGGAGCUGUUAAAAAUAUGCACUUCACUGAGAUACAUAAGCCAUGGGAAGUAAAACCAAAUUACGAUCCAAAUCCUGGGCCUUACUAUGGGGUGAAAGGCUUAGAGCGAGUUUCCAAUUUAAAAAUAGCGAUCACCCUUGCACUUUUAGGAAUUGCUGGGGCAAUAUUUGGAUUUGUAUCUAUAAACACUUAUUAUUUUUUCAGUCACUCCUUUACUUUUAAUCGACAAAAACUAGAUGCUAAAUCAGCGGAGGCGGGAAUUUAUCAUGCGGCGAUUCGUGCAGACGCUGAAAAAUAUGGCAAUGAAGAACAGUUACGGCGAAUGCUGAAUCGAAUGUCAAAGGACGAAAGAUAAGUUUAACGACAUAGAUAUGAAAAUAAUUCUACACAUAUUUUAAUAUAAUUGUUUAUAUAAGACCACUAAUAAAAUAUAAAUACAUGUGAUAUUGUAAUCAAUAUUUAACGAAAAAUGCUAGUGUAAAACACUAAAUAUUCGUAAACAUUUUAUACUUUCAAUUUUAUAUUUAUUGUGCAUAUUUUGGGGUUUGAAUUACUUGUUUAUAUAUUUAGGUAUUUAAAAAACCGUAAACCAAUUGUUAUUUUUACUUUGGCAUCACUAAUAAAAAUGUAUUUUUUAAAUUCUUGUAUAAUGUAUUAAAAGGGCGUUCUAACAUAAACAAAUAUUAUAUAUAAACACUAAAACACAUAAAAAUUA